AUUGAUAACGACAAAUCCACGAGUGGGAAGAAAAAUGUCCGCCAGAAACUCAUGGUCCGAAACAGCUCCUCUUCUCGCUCACCAGCAUCGCUUCCAAUCGCUGCCUGCUCGUCUCCCUUCCUCCGUCCUCGGAAUGGCUUCUGUAACUGACCCUCCCCUUCCCCUUCGAUCGGUCUUCCUCGGCGUCGACGUUGGCACCGGCAGCGCCCGCGCAGGUAUUUUUGAUGAAACCGGAAAGCUUUUGGGCUCUUCUAGCAGCCCGAUACAAAUUUGGAAAGAUGGAAACUUUAUUGAGCAAUCCUCGACAGAUAUCUGGCAUGCAGUCUGUGCUGCAGUGAAAUCAGCAUGCUCCAAGGCAAAUGUCUCGGGGGAGGAAGUGAAGGGUCUUGGAUUUGCUGCUACCUGCUCACUUGUUGCUGUUGAUGCUGAUGGUUCUCCAGUUACAGUAUCUUGCAGUGGGGAUUCAAGAAGAAACGUAAUAGUGUGGAUGGAUCAUAGAGCAGUAGAGCAGGCUGAAAGAAUCAAUUCUUUCAAUUCGCCAGUACUACAGUACUGUGGUGGAUCUCUUUCCCCUGAGAUGCAGCCACCGAAGCUUCUCUGGGUGAAAGAAAAUUUAUCAGAUACUUGGUCAAUGGUGUUCAGGUGGAUGGACUUGAGUGAUUGGUUGUCAUACAGGGCGACUGGUGAUGAUACACGCAGUCUUUGCACCACUGUGUGCAAAUGGACCUAUCUUGGUCAUGCUCACAUGUCACAAUACAAUGAAAAGGAUUCCCGAGAUAUGGAAGCUUGCGGAUGGGAUGAUGAUUUCUGGGAGGAAAUUGGAUUAGGAGAUCUUAUCGAUGGCCAUCAUGCAAAAAUAGGAAGAAGUGUAGCAUUCCCUGGUCACCCAUUGGGUUCUGGUCUGACUCCAGUGGCUGCAAAGGAACUAGAUUUGGUUGCUGGAAUCCCUGUCGGUACUUCAUUGAUUGACGCUCAUGCAGGUGGAGUUGGGGUGAUGGAAAGUAUACCUCUGCAAGAUUCUGAUUCUGAAGAGUUGGACAAGGAGAUGAUAUUGCAUCGCAUGGCAUUAGUUUGUGGAACAUCUACCUGCCAUAUGGCUGUCUCAAGGAAUAAGCUCUUUAUUCCUGGGGUUUGGGGACCGUUUUGGUCAGCUAUGGUACCCGAGUACUGGCUCACGGAAGGUGGUCAAAGUGCCACUGGUGCUCUACUUGAUCACAUAAUUCAAAAUCACGUUGCCUCUCCAAUUCUUGCAAAUCGUGCUGCUUCGAAAAGUACUUCUGUGUUUGAUAUUUUGAACAAGUUGUUAGAGAGUUUGAUGCUUGAUAUGAAGAGUCCCUUCCUUGCUGCUUUGACUGAAGAUAUACACCUACUUCCUGAUUUUCAUGGAAAUAGGUCCCCCAUUUCGGAUCCGAAAUCAAAAGGAGUGAUCUCUGGCUUAACACUUGACACAAGUGAGCAGCAGUUGUCUAUUUUGUACCUUGCCACAGUACAGGCUAUUGCAUAUGGUACACGCCAUAUUGUGGAGCACUGCAAUGCCAAUGGUCACAAGAUUGACACCUUGCUUGCAUGUGGUGGCCUUGCGAAGAAUUCAUUGUUCAUUCAGGAGCAUGCGGAUAUUAUUGGUUGUCCUAUUAUUUUGCCUCGGGAAAGUGAGUCCGUGCUCUUAGGUGCAGCAAUUCUCGGAGCGGUUGCUGCUAGAAAAUAUUCUACCCUGCAAGAAGCCAUGAAGGCCCUGAAUGCUGCUGGUCAAGUGAUUUAUCCGUCGUCAGACCCAAAGGUGAAGGUAUACCAUGAUGCUAAAUACCGUAUUUUCCGAGAGCUUUACGAGCAACAGUUGUCUCAUCGCUCCAUAAUGGCACAAGCUCUGGCAUAGCUGAUAUAGUUCGGUAUCGAAACACACACACUUCCAUCUUGCUCCAUUUGUUUCUGUUUUUGAGUUUUUCAAGCUCUUGCUUGCUUUGCUUCAACAGCCUUCUAGAUUUACCUUUCUGGUGAUGGCUGGCCAGCAUGGGAAGUGAAAUAAGGAAACAUCUCCACAGUUCUGAUACUGGUACUGUCUGUAGAUAACUUGAACAUGUCAAGAUUGUUUCUAUUGGCAGAUCUCUCUCUCUCUGUUGCCAAUAAACUAUUCUUUCAUUGAAA